UUUUUUUUUUUUGACUGUGUUGCACGCGGCCGCCAGGCGGAGGUUUGGACCGCGCAUCUUAGGCGGCGGCGGCCGAGGUCUGGCCGGGCGGCGCAACCGGCGCAACCCGCCGCCACCAAGGUGGUGAUGGGCAAGGAGGAGGAGAUUGCGCGGAUCGCCCGGAGGCUGGACAAGAUGGUGACCAGGAAGAGCGCGGAGGGAGCCAUGGAUUUGCUUCGGGAGCUGAAGACCAUGCCUGUUACAUUGCACCUGCUCCAGUCCACCCGUGUUGGGAUGUCUGUCAAUGCCCUGCGGAAGCAGAGCUCGGACGAGGAGCUCAUUGCAUUGGCCAAAUCCCUCAUCAAGUCCUGGAAGAAACUCUUGGAUGUUUCUGAUGGCAAGACCAGGGAUCAAGGGAGGGGCACACCUCUGCCUACAUCGUCCUCAAAGGAUACCACAGGGACUACGGAUCUCAGGCUUUGUCUCUCUAGUUGCAAGAAGCCAGACCCACCUAGGACCUUAUCCACUCCGAGGAUCACCACAUUUCCCCCAAUGCCCAUCACCUGUGACGCUGUACGAAACAAAUGCCGUGAAAUGCUGACUCUGGCCCUGCAAACGGACCACGACCACGUGGCUGUUGGUGUAGACUGCGAGCAUCUGUCAGCUCAGAUCGAGGAGUGCAUCUUCCUGGAUGUGGGAAACACAGACAUGAAGUACAAGAACCGUGUGCGGAGCCGGAUCUCCAACCUGAAAGAUGCCAAGAACCCUGGCCUGCGGCGAAAUGUGCUGUGUGGUGCCAUUACACCCCAGCAGAUAGCUGUGAUGACAUCAGAGGAGAUGGCCAGUGAUGAGCUGAAGGAGAUCCGCAAGGCCAUGACCAAGGAGGCCAUCCGUGAGCAUCAGAUGGCCCGUACAGGUGGCACACAGACUGACCUGUUCACCUGCAGCAAGUGCAGGAAGAAGAACUGCACCUACACGCAGGUGCAGACCCGCAGCUCCGACGAGCCCAUGACCACUUAUGUUGUCUGCAACGAGUGUGGGAACCGCUGGAAGCAGUUGGACUCUUCUGGUUCCUGGUAUCCCUCCCUCUCUUUGGACUGCUGGGUAGAACCAUACUCCUCAGCCUAGUUCCAGCUCAUUCCUGAGUCCACUGAACAACCCACACUUCAGGCCUACUGUCAGCAAUAUGACUCACUGGCUAAUGUAGGGUGUGGAGACAAUUCAACUCCUACCAGGCUUGGCUUCUCAGCAACAAUACAGCCCAGACUUCCAACGAGCCCUACCUAUUCAUAUUACAUUCCUUGAAUCUUGCCUA